AUGGAUGCAGAACCCGUCGUGAUAUCAGAUGUGGACACUGUGUAUAAUGAUAGUGAAUCAGAAAACCCAGAGCAAAACAGGGAAUUAAUAGAGGAGCAAACUGAUACAUCCUCUGAUAAAAACCUGCAAGUAUUACUUGAAAGAGACACAAUUCUUAAACAUAGUGACAUCAGCAUCAUUCCUAAAGAUUCUCACAGAGAAGAGGCACACUCAAAAUCAAGUCCAGUUAUUCAUAAGAGAAAAAUGGGCUCAACUCGUAGACCUCUCAAAGGGAAUAAUAUGACUACUGAGUCAGAUUUGAUUCAAAAUGACACUUCCUCUGAUGCAAAACAGGAAGCAUUAAAAGUAUCUGACAAUGCUGAGUGUGAAGUUCAGGAAGAUACAGACGCAAUUCCCAAGCAAAGUGACACCACCAUCAUUCCUGAAGAUACUCAGAGAGAGGAGGCACACUCAGAAUUCACAGUUAUUCACAAGAGAAAAAUGGGCUCAACUCGUAGACCUCUCAGAGGGAAAAAUGGACAAAGAAAAGAAAAAGAACAUCAUGAUGAAAACGAGACACCUGACAGUGAAGGUAUAUUCAAGGUAGAGAAAGAAACAAUUAGUUUAGAGGAUGAACCUAGUCUAGACGAAUCUACAUUACAAAGUUUAAAAGAUGGAGCUAAAGAACAGGAGAUGGAAAUGUGCGAGAAGAAUGAUGUUGGUCCUGUUAAAGGGUCUAAAUCCGCAGACCUGCAGUCAUCAUGUAGUUCAGACUUAACAUCCGAGGAAUCCAUUGCAAUAAGUAUCUGUCACAUCACAGAAUCACAAACCCUCAUGAAACUGAAUGAAGAGUCCCAGGAAAAUGCUGGAGAUGCUGAAAGAGUGGCAGUAGGAGGAGAAACAGACCUACAUUUAGAAAUUAAAGCACAGAUCAAAACAUCUGACUCAACCAGUGAAGCAGAAGGAACAGAAAAGAACAUACAUGAUGCUAGUGUUUUAGUGAGAGAAGUUGAAAUUAUUUUUGGUGAUACAGUUACAGUGGAGAGUAAUAUGACUUCUGAGUCAGUCUUUCUUCAAAGUUCUCCUGAUGCAUUGAAAGUAUCUCAAAAUUCUGCGAACGAAGUUUCAGGAGAAACAGAAACAAUUCUCAAGCAAAGUGACAUCAACAUCAUUCCUGAAGAUUCUCAUGGAGAGGAGGCACACUCAAAAUCAUGUCCAGUUAUUCAUAAGAGGAAAAUGGGCUCAACUCGUAGACCUCUCAAAGGAAAUAAAGGACAAAGAAAAGAAAUAGAACAUCAUGAUGAAAAUGAGACACUUGAAUGUGAAGGUAUGAUCAAUGUAGAGAAAGAAACAUUCAGUGUGGAGGAUGAAUCCAGUACAAAUGCAUCUCCACUAAGAACCACAAAAGAUGGAGCUAAAGAACAGGAGAUGGAAUUAUGUGAGAAGAAUGAUGUUGGUCCUGUUGAAGGGUCUGAAUCUGCUCUCCUGCAGUCAUCAUGUAGUUCAGAUUUAGUUUCUGAGAAAUCCACUGCAAUAAGUAUCUGUCAUGUCACAGAAUCGCAAACCCUCAUGAAACUGAAUGAAGAGUCCCAGGAAAAUGCUGGAGAUGCCGAAAAAGUGGCAGCAGAGGAAGACAAAGACUUGCAAUUAAAAAUUGAAUCACAGAACAAAAUAUUUGACUCAACAACUAGUGAAGCUGAAGGAAUAGAAGAGAACAUCAAUGAUGUAAGUGUGGCAUUAGUCAGAGAAGUUGAAGUUAUUGGACAUACAGGUACAGGGAAGAGUAAUAUGACUACGGAGUCAGAUUUUCUUCAAACUUCUCCUGAUGCACACAUCGAAGCAUUGGAAAUAUCUGAAAAUGCUGAGAAAGAAGUUUCAGGAGAAACAGACACAAUUCUUAAACAAAGUGACAUCAGCAUCAUUCCUAAAGAUUCUCACAGAGAAGAGGCACACUCAAAAUCAAGUCCAGUUAUUCAUAAGAGAAAAAUGGGCUCAACUCGUAGACCUCUCAAAGGAAAUAAAGGACAAAGACAAGAACAUGAUGAGAAAGAGAUCUUCAGUUUGGACUAUGAAUCUAGAUAUACUGCAGUGAGUGUCUGUGACAUUUCAGAAUCACAAACCCUCCCAAAAACUCAUGCAGGGUCCCAGGAAAAUACUGGAGAUGUUGAAAUAGUGCCAGCAGAGGGAGACACAGAACAACACUUAGAAAACAAAACAUUUGACUCAAUUGCAUUUGAAGAAGAAGCAACAGAAGAGAACAUCUGUGAAGCUAGUGUUUUGAUCAAAGAAGUUGAGUUUAUUGGAGAUACAGUUACAGUGGAAAGUAAUAUGACUACUGAGUCAGAUUUGAUUCAAAAUGACACUUCCUCUGAUGCAAAACAGGAAGCAUUAAAAGUAUCUGACAAUGCUGAGUGUGAAGUUCAGGAAGAUACAGAUGCAAUUCCCAAGCAAAGUGACACCACCAUCAUUCCUGAAGAUACUCAGAGAGAGGAGGCACACUCAGAAUUCACAGUUAUUCACAAGAGAAAAAUGGGCUCAACUCGUAGACCUCUCAGAGGGAAAAAUGGACAAAGAAAAGAAAAAGAACAUCAUGAUGAAAAUGAGACACCUGACAGUGAAGGUAUGAUCAAUGUAGAGAAAGAAACAAUUAGUUUGGAGGAUGAACCCAGUCUAGAUGAACCUAGAUAUACUGCAGUGAGUGACAUUUCAGAAUCACAAACCCUCACAAUAUUUCAUGCAGAGUCCCAAGAAGAUUAUAAAGAUGUUGAAAGAGCACUAGUAGGGAGAGACACAGAACCACACUCAGUUCAAAAAGAAAUCACAACUCUUAAUUCAGCCACAUUUGAAGGAGAAGGAACAGAAGAGAUCACAUGUGAAGCUAGUGUCAAAGAAAUUGAGUUUAUUGGAGAUACAGUUACAGUGGAGAGUAAUAUGACUAUUAAGUCAGAUUUGCUUCAAAAUGACAUUUCCACUGAUGCAAAACCAGAAACAUUGAUAUCUGAAAUUGCUGAGAAUGAAGGAAAAAUGGACACAAUUCCCAAACAAAGUAACGCCAACAUCAUUCCAGAAGUUCCUCACGGAGAGGAGGUACACACAAAAUUGAGUCUUAAUGUUCAGAAGCGAAAAAUGGGCUCAACUCGUAGACCUCUCAGAGGGAACAAAGGACAAAGAAAAGUGAGAGUCGAAUCCGAGGAAAAGACUGGAGAUAUUGAAGUAUUGUUAGAAGUGGAAGACACAGAACCACGCUUAGAAAUUCAAAACCAGGAUAACGUGGUUGAUCACAAUGUGACACAAGAAAUUAUGAAUAUAAGAGAUAAUGAAGAUGAGGAGAGAAAGACCACAAAGACAGUGGACAUGUCAGUGCAGGAGCUAUGUGAUGAUUUGGAACUAGAGCAGAGACCAGAUGUAUCUCAAACACAAACUGGUCCAUCACAGGAUGAUACUGGCUCAUAUUUAUUAGAUGUCCCAGAAAGAACUGCAGAUUUUGUUAGAGACAGAUUUGCCUGUAAGAGUCAUUCUGAUCUGGUCUUGUCUGAUGCCCUGCUUAUAGAGGAAACACAAAUUCAUGUGUCAUCUGAGGAUGUUCCCCCGACAGAGAUGGUUGAAAUGCAUCCAGUCUCCAAAAGGUUUUUGCAGAAGAGAAAAAUGGGGUCAACUCGGAAGAGAGGGAAGAGAAUGGUGAAUGACGAGGAGGUUGAAGAAGAGAAAGAGGGAGAAGCUGAAAAUACAACAAAUGAUGAUGGGACCACAAAGUCAGAGGAGAAUUUAACUAUUGAAGAAGCCAUUGCAGGAUCUCCUGUACACAAGCAACUGUUUAGUUCAUCUGCUGAUAAAGAAGGCCAUGAGAUUCAGGAUAUUUGUAGUAAAUCAGAUGUGCCGACAGAAAUCUCAGAACAAAAUUAUCCAAAUUCUACCACAAAUCCAGAACUAUUGAUAGAAUCUGAAUGUUCUUCAAAUGUUGCUGCUGAGAUGAUUUCAGACCUUCCAUUGGGAGAUGCUGACACAUACUUAGGUCCUAAACAAAGUGUCAUUCCUAAAGAGUCUCUUAGAGAAGAUCAAUCAAGCUUGAAUCCAGUUGUUCAAAAACGAAAAAUGGGGUCAACACGUAAGACGCUCAGAGGGAACAAAGGGCAGGGAAAAGAAGUAGAAUCCAAAAAGAUGGAUGGAGAUAGCGAAGAAAUGACACAGGAAGAGGAUACAGAACCACAUUUAGCACCUGAGAUGAUUUCAGACCUUCCAUUGGGAGAUGCUGACACAUACUUAGGUCCUAAACAAAGUGUCAUUCCUAAAGCGUCUCUUAGAGAAGAUCAAUCAAGCUUGAAUCCAGUUGUUCAAAAACGAAAAAUGGGGUCAACACGUAAGACGCUCAGAGGGAACAAAGGGCAGGGAAAAGAAGUAGAAUCCAAAAAGAUGGAUGGAGAUAGCGAAGAAAUGACACAGGAAGAGGAUACAGAACCACAUUUAGCAACCAGUGCAAGAAAAACUGAAUGUAAAUUUGAUGAAGAGGUUGAACAAAACUUCCCCAUUGAACUUUCUUAUCCAGUGGCUUCUUCAAAAAUGUUCUCUGAAUCAGAAAAUGGAGUGAAGGAAGUUUCUCCAACUAUCCAUGACCUAUCUGAGGUGAGUGAGGAAAAGGGGAUGGAAAGUACUGGAAAUUACAGUAAUAGUGAGAAUAAGGCAAUCAAUCUCUAUGACGGGACAAAGGACAAAUUUAUCUUGACAGUUAGUCAUGAAGAUGUUGAUCAAACCGUGACUGUAGAUUACCUUGAUCAGCAUGUUUAUGUAGGAUCAGAGCCUGAACAAACUGAAAACACAGGCCAGUCUUUUCCCACACAAGAACUAAAAAACACUCAGGAUGAUGUUGUUUAUGAAAUCAGUUCCACCCAAGAAAAGAGGCGAAAGAUGGGCUCAACCCGGAGAUAUCCUAGAGUAAUGCAUGGGGAAAAUAUGGCCAAUAAUGAAGAUGGACUUGGUGUGGCAGAGGAUAGAGAAACUAAGAAAGCAGAAGAUGAUUGGGAUGAUAUGCCUUUAGCAUCAAGCAUCAGUCAGUCCAAGGAAGUGUCUUCAGUCAGUACCACAGAUCUUGAAUCAGAAAUGUUAAGUAGUGCAACUGAUUUAAAAGGUGAAAAUGAUCAUCAGAACAAUUCUGAACCCAGUGGACCAACAGUGCCUGAAACACCUGAAAAUACCCUUAAAAUAUGUGAUAAUCAGUUAGUAAAUGCUGAUGUUACCAAACAUCCACAGUCAGAGACUGUUACCACUGAGAAGAGAAGAAAGAUGGGCUCCACUCGGAAAAAUCUCAGAGAAGGAAGAAUACAAGGAAAAAGAGAUGGAUAUGAAAAAACAGAAACUACAGACACAAAUCUGCAGAUGUCUCAGGACUCUGAAAUGAUCUUAGGGGAACAAACAACUCAUGAUUACUCUAAUCAGUCAGAGGAUUCACUUCUCUGUGAGAUAGAAAGAGCAUUAAAUAAGACGUCUCAAAGUUCAAUGAGUAAUGAUCGGGAAUCAAUCGUCAAAGAGCCUAACCCUGAAGACUUAGCGAAUGCUUCUGAUCUUAAUAUGUCAGAAAACUCCGAAAUCAAAUCUCUCCAGCCGACACCAUUGGCUCACAGUGAACCCAACUCACCAGGAAGACGAAGAAGAAAAAUGGGUUCAACUCGCAAGAAUCCCAGAGAGCAGCUCAAAGCAGAAAGGGAGGAUGAAGACAAAGAGGAUGGGGAGAAAGAUGAGAAUUUAAAGACGAAUAAGCAAGAAAACAAGGAUCUUGAAAGAGUUGAGGUGUCUAUAGUGCAUAAUAUCACUGAAAACAAACUGAAUAAAGAGUAUCUUGAUGUCUCUAGUGCACACACAAUUAGCAGUCAGCUAGAAGAGAGCACUAACCCUGUUAGCCAAGAAAGGACGUCUCCAUCAACUAAAAGGAAGUUUGGGUCCAGACGCGCUAAGGGCAAACAAGGCCUUGGUAGUCUGGCCGCUUCUGAUUUUGGGAAUGAAUUAGAAGAUGGAGAUCAUAAACCAGACAGCUCUGAGGUUGAGGACAAGCUACGCAGUGAUGACUUAGAGGUUUGUGAUCCAUGCCUCACCUUACAACCAGAGAAUCAACCAAUUACCCAUCCAGUCUCGGAGCAGAGGAACAUGGAAGCCAAAAGUGAAGAAGCUACUCCAAAAGGCACUGGUGCUGGUCUCGUUUCUUUGGACCAAAUCAUGAAACAUGAUAGAAGCACUGGAGCUAAGCAGACUGUAAAUCUCAAGAACAGGAUUUCAGAUGCUGAAGUAGUUCAGUUUAACGUUGUCAUGGUGGGAAACAGCUGUGUGGGGAAAACUUCCUUCAUCAGACGCUUUCAUGAAGGGCAGUUCACUGAGGAUUACCGCUCCACUAUUGGUGUUGACACCUGUAUACAGACUGUUGCUCUGCCUGACAGAACUGUUAAACUGCAGAUAUGGGACACAGCAGGUCAAGAGAGGUUUCAUAGCCUCACCACACAAGUGUUCCACAAGGCUGAUGGGCUUCUGCUCAUGUAUGAAAUCACAUGUUCAAAUAGUUUUAUUUCUGUACGGGAUUGGAUAUCUCGAGCUCAGAAAGGGGCUCCCGAUGAUGUCAUCAUGAUGUUGCUUGGAAACAAGAAUGAUUCUGUAAAGCGUGCAGUCCAGAUUCAGGAAGGGGCAGAGCUGGCCAGAGAGUAUAACAUAAAUUUCAUGGAGUGCAGUGCUGCAACUGGGGCGAAUGUGUCAGAAUCCAUGAGAACUCUUGCAGAGUUGUUAAUGCAGCGCAAAUCACAGAAGGAGAGACACACAACAUUGAGAAGAGAACCAUCACAGAAGAAAUCUGGUUGCUGUUGAAAACACACUCCCUCACACACAACAUGCAUGACCAUUCAACAGUUUGGGUUAGUUAGAUAUUUUUUGUAGAAAUGAAUACUGUUAUUCAGCAAUUAUGCAUUAAAUUGAUCA